GUGCGUUGACUUACUCCUUUCUGCUAUUGACGCGGCCGAGGAAGCAUCGCUGAGGGCUCCCAUUUCCCUGCCGUCAUGUCUAAGUCAGAGUCUCCCAAGGAGCCGGAACAGCUGCGGAAGCUCUUCAUCGGAGGGCUGAGUUUCGAAACAACCGACGAGAGUCUGAGGAGCCAUUUUGAGCAAUGGGGAACACUCACGGACUGCGUGGUCAUGAGAGAUCCAAACACCAAACGAUCCAGGGGCUUUGGGUUUGUUACGUACGCCACUGUGGAGGAAGUGGAUGCCGCUAUGAAUGCAAGGCCCCAUAAGGUGGAUGGAAGAGUUGUGGAACCUAAGAGAGCUGUGUCAAGAGAGGAUUCUCAGAGACCAGGUGCCCACUUAACCGUGAAAAAGAUCUUUGUUGGUGGUAUUAAAGAAGACACGGAAGAACAUCACCUGAGAGAUUAUUUUGAGCAGUAUGGGAAAAUUGAAGUGAUUGAAAUCAUGACUGACAGAGGCAGUGGGAAAAAGAGAGGUUUUGCUUUUGUCACCUUUGAUGACCAUGACUCUGUGGACAAGAUUGUUAUUCAGAAAUACCAUACUGUGAACGGGCACAACUGUGAAGUAAGAAAAGCCCUAUCCAAGCAGGAGAUGGCUAGUGCUUCGUCCAGCCAAAGAGGUCGAAGUGGUUCUGGAAACUUUGGUGGUGGUCGUGGAGGCGGUUUUGGCGGCAAUGACAAUUUUGGUCGAGGGGGAAACUUCAGUGGUCGUGGUGGCUUCGGUGGCAGCCGUGGUGGUGGUGGAUAUGGUGGCAGUGGGGAUGGCUAUAAUGGAUUUGGUAAUGAUGGUGGUUAUGGAGGAGGCGGCCCUGGUUACUCUGGAGGAAGCAGAGGCUAUGGAAGUGGUGGACAGGGUUAUGGAAACCAGGGCAGUGGCUAUGGCGGGAGUGGCAGCUAUGACAGCUAUAACAACGGCGGAGGCGGCUUUGGCGGUGGUAGUGGAAGCAAUUUCGGAGGUGGUGGAAGCUACAAUGAUUUUGGCAAUUACAACAAUCAGUCUUCAAAUUUUGGACCAAUGAAAGGAGGAAACUUUGGAGGCAGAAGCUCUGGCCCUUAUGGUGGUGGAGGCCAGUACUUCGCUAAACCACGAAAUCAAGGUGGCUAUGGUGGUUCCAGCAGCAGCAGCAGCUAUGGCAGUGGCAGGAGGUUCUAAUUACAGCCAGGAAACAAAGCUUAGCAGGAGAGGAGAGCCAGAGAAGUGACAGGGAAGCUACAGGUUACAACAGAUUUGUGAACUCAGCCAAGCACAGUGGUGGCAGGGCCUAGCUGCUACAAAGAAGACAUGUUUUAGACAAUACUCAUGUGUAUGGGCAAACAAACUCGAGGACUGUAUUUGUGACUAAUUGUAUAACAGGUUAUUUUAGUUUCUGUUCUGUGGAAAGUGUAAAGCAUUCCAACAAAGGGUUUUACUGUAGACCUCUUCUCACCCAUGCUGUUGAUUGCUAAAUGUAAUAGUCUGAUCAUGACACUGAAUAA